AUGCCUAGACAACAAAUUUAUUUAAUUGGACCCAUGAAUAAUCAAAUAACUGGUUCUAAAUUGCCUUUCAAGAGGGACUGUUUGUCUGUUUUAUUUUAUAAUAUGCGCUUAGUAAACCUAAAUUUACAUGAUAGUUCACGUUUGGUUAUUGAUGAAUGUUCAAUUUUUUGGAAGAAAGCUCGAAUUCCAACUCAUGAUAAUUCAGAUUGCAUUAAAAAACUGAAAAAAUUAUACGAAGAAUGGAGAAAAUUAGACAAAAAUAAAACACGAACAACAGAAUUACAGAAAACACAUGAAAACAAAUUCGAAGAACAAUUAGACAAUUUAUUUGAUUUAUCCCACGCCAAUGCCUUAAAUUUAAUUAAAAUAGAAGAAGAUAAGCAAUUUUUAUUAAGACAACGAGAGAAAGGUCGUCCUGGUUGUAUGCUUGGUACGGAUAUGAAAUUAGCGGGUAUUGAAAAACGUAAAGCGACUCUUAAAGAAAAUGAAGAUGGACGAAAAAAACGACGAGAACUGGAAACCUUAAAAUUAACCGGUAAGUUAUUAAAUAUAGGCAAUUCAAUUGUAUACGUAUUUUCUUAA